AUGCUGCUGCUCGCAUCAUGCGUGGGCCUCGCCUGGUCCUGGUCGACGCGCACCGUCGGCGGUGUGCGCACGCGAAGCGCUCCGGCCGUCGCGGCCGCGGCAGCAGGACUCGCCGCUGACGCUGCGAUGGCGGCCGACGCCACUGACACUGCCGAGUAUCUCUGGCGCGGUGAGGUGCCUCUCCCUGGCGCCGACUGUCAAGAGCGGCUGGUUGGCGCGUCGCCAGGCGUCGCGCUCCGCGUGCUUCGAUGGUCGCCCACCGACUCUGCCGCCGCCGGCCGCCGGCCGCUGGUCUUUGUCGCAGGGUGGGGCAGUGUCUUUGAGGGAUGGCGGCCGCUGCUAACGACGUGGGCGUCUCGCCGGCCGAUCAUCUACAUCGAGACGCGCGAGAAGAAGUCCGCCGAGUUUGACUUUCGGCCAAACGUCGCCGACUUUGCGAUGGCGCGGCAUGCUGACGACAUCGCCGCUGUGCUCGCGGCGAUCGGCGUCGCACCUUCCUCGGUCGACUGGUUCUCGUCGUCGCUCGGCGCGACCCUGCUGCUCGACGGCUUCCAGCGCGGCGCACUCGACGGCCGCGCGUCAGUCAUGCUCGCGCCCAACCCCGCCUUCCA